AAUCCUGAUAUUUUAGAAACCGCCCUUCCAUCCGUACAAAACCAGUGAAUCCGAUCACCGAAAGUGCAUUGUUUUGAAACCGCUUUCCAAAGCGGUUCAAGGCCCGGUCCACACUUUAAUCCGGACAAAAAAUAUGCGGUUUCAGAAAUGUCCGGAUUCGUGUGAACAUGGCCUUAAACUCCCUGGUAUGGAGGUCGCGAGAAUAAGCCAAGCGGAAAAGGAUAUAAGAAUUUGAUUGCUUUAUCGAACCGACAGAAACGUGCGCGGUUUUUGGUUGGUUUAGCGAAGACGCAACGUUUCCCCAGCUGAAAGAAAAAUGGCUGAAAAGUAAUUUUUGUGACUUGGGAAACAGAUUCUGGGCUGCCGACUGUACAAUUUAGCGAUGUUUUUUUCAAUCUUAGGGUUUUCUUUGGCGGGAAUAAGGACGGGUUAACCUUUUGAACUUUUUAUCUAUUGGCCGAUAAAACAGUGUGUGUGCAUUUAACUUUGACAACUGUUUUCUCGUAGCGCUGGACCCUGUGAAGCAAAUUUAACCACUUCUGUGAAUGUCAAAAAUAUGAUGGGACAGACAGCUCUUCUGGAUGCCGUAACAAUAGGGCAUAGAGAUGUUGUCAGCUUGCUCAUCGAACAUGGCGCUGAUGUGAGUCUUGUCUCUAAAGUGGAAGUUCAACAUGACCAGACAGAUAUGGCUCCGCCAGGCUCAUCUUUAUCACCUAUUGAGAUUGCCUGUUCUAGUGGUAACUUGGAUAUUAUUGAGUUGUUAUUGAACAGCGGAGCAGAGGAUGUUGAUCAUAGGUGUCUUAGUUCUGCCAUCUUGGCUGAUAACAUUGAUGUGAUAAGAAUCUUGCUUCAACAAGGUAAAGAAUCUGUCGCUACAGGAGACUGCUAGCUAAGCAGUCCGUCAGGGGUGUCGCGCAGGCGAACAUUCGCCAUUUGAACAUCUCCCACAAUACACCUUGUUUGUCCCCCAAAAUCUUACAUAACCUUUGUUUUUAAUUUCUCAUGGGUGUUACAGUCCUCCCAAGGGAAAUUGAGGACAAUACUUGUGCCAGAUUUUGGAGGACAGACAAGGUGUAUUAUGGGAGAUGCGCAAAUGGCGAAUGUUGCGUGCGAGCGAGCAAGCAAGGCGAACGCGAAGAGGUAGAAGAGGGAAGAGAAUCAGGGACUUUUAUCCCGUUUUCUACCUCCGCUUUUCGUCCUCUCCCUCGCGCGUUUGCCUCACUCGCUAACACGUAACGUGCUUGCCCACGCGACAAUCCUGAACCUGAGGGACUGGGACUGCUAGCAGUUCAGGGUUAAUGUUAAAUCCCCAAAUCAACUUACCAAUUUGUCCGCUUUACAGACCUGCCCAGCAGGUAUGGGUACAAUAGAGACCAACUAGAAGUCUCAUGUCAGUUGCCCUCCCCUCCAUAUCCAUUCGCACAACCGUGACAGGUAGGCACUCGGGGUGGUCAUCAGAGAGAUUUACAAUCACUUUUGCAUCAAACGACAAACGUCAAUUGGUACCACGUGACCAAGGUUUACCUUUACCUGUCGUUUACUGUUAACUACGUCUUAUCUACAGAGAAUUCAGUAUAUUCAUGCCUUCAUCCCUAAGAAUUGUUUUAGACAGUCUUUAUCGGCUCAAUUCCUAAUAUGAGAAGUUUUCGACUUGAAUCUGAAGUUGGUCAUUAGUCGUGAACGUGAUUGUAAAUGACUCUAUUGGCUGAGGUUAAUACGUUCCUAGAGUCCCAUUCACGUCAAAAGAUAUCCAAGAUGACCUAGAGAAAAAAAAAGCUUCCAAUAUUAUGGUCGGGCAAAACAAAAAUGUGGGGAAAUCUAUCAAGGGUGCAUUUGGCGUCCUUAAAAAAAACUGUACUUGGAAGACGCGGGGUAUACUCAUGUUCAGAGUCUUCGCAUCUAACUAGACCAAUACCUCCCUUUGGAGAGUAAGGCGCAAUAAAGAUAUACUACUACUACUACGACUACUACAUCUAGUGGCAUCUCUGCUUAACAGUGAGUCAGUCAAUAACAAUACCUCUUCUUAUUAGUCAAUCAGGUCAACAACUAUAGAGUUUUGUAGCAUUAACUAACAGUCAACAAUUUCCUUGUACUUGAUGACUUUCGUUCAGGUUUUCCAACCGUUUGUAGUCACUGUAUCGGCUAUUGCUACACUCGCCCGAAGGCGACGAUCGUAUCAAUCCUGCUUUUUACUAGUCUCCCUUGCAGCCGUUUUUUGGAUGUCACGCAACGCUCCCCUUUUGGGGGAGGGUUGCGUGACAACCAAAAAACGGCUGCGAGGGAGACUAGCUUUUUACACGAUAUUCUGUGUUUAGAUCUUUUACUGUGUUGCUUCAUCGACGUUUACAGGUGCCCAAGUCGAUCAGGAGCAUAAAAUUCACCCAUCAAGAACUAGUAGCAGUCCUGAAGAAAUCUGGAGACUUGGUGCAUACCCCGUAUCAAUACUUUGGAACGGCAUGAAGCUGUCAAUGCUGGAGCCACAGUGGAUACUGACUGCGGCUUGUACUUUAAAUCCUUACAGUGAAGCGUUUGCUGGUUUACAUCCCUCGCUUAAAACAAUUACAAGAGUGGAUGUUUCAAAUAAUAGGCUCUCAAAGCUGCCCAUUGUGUUGUUUCAAAUGCCUGCUUUGAAAACGCUCAGUGCGUCGGAUAACGAAAUCAAUGGUUUGCCAAGUCUCUGGAUUGGCGGACGCAAAGAUGUUUCCUCAAAAAGCAGCUUAAAAGCUGGGAAACCUUACAGUUCGUGUGAAAACAUUCACGAGAACUUAACCUUUGAGGAAAGCUGUCAAGAUUUUACUUAUGCGGAAUCCGGCUGGAACUGUCCCCAUUUAGAGGAGAUUGAGCUUCAUAAGAACUCGCUGACAACUGUUCCUGUCUGUCUUUUCCAAUUGCCUAUGUUAAAAUACUUGAAUGUUUCUUACAAUGAUAUACAAACUGUACCAUUUGAAAUGUGGACUGCCCCUGCUCUCAAGACGCUGGAUCUGAAAGGAAAUUUUGUGAAGAAGUUAACCGUUUUGAAAAUAAGAAAAAACGGAGGUGGAUCAACAAAUGGGAAAUCUUCAACUCUGCCCCGUGCUAAAGUGCUCUCACUGAGCAAGGAUAGUUUAGACUUCAGGUGAGGCCUCACUUUUACACAUUUCAGUUCAUUUUAGGUGAAACUGUAUUAGCCUGCAGUGCAAGUAGGCUCACUUGUGCGAGUACGGGGAACGCCUUCGCGAGAGGAAAAGUGAAAACAUCUUUUCUCCGAACUCGCACAAGUGAGUUUGCUUGCAGGCUAAAACUGUAUAAAUAAUGCUUGCAAAUCCCUAAGGUGCUAAUAUUGCUUUGAUAGGUUGUCUGAAAACUACAGUCCAACCUGUUUUAACCGGUCAUCCGUGGGGAACGGCUUACUUAUCCUCCAACACACGUCGAAAACUCAGAUUUGUUCCUUUAAUUUCGAAUGCUCAUAACGCUACGAACAUAACAGUCUUUCUCGAUAAUUAUAUUUUUAUCUUUUUGUUCUUUUAUUUUUACAGACAGUUAAAUGGAACUUUGGAUUCGAGCUCAGUUCCGUUGUCACGUGCCGUUACCCAAAAUGAUGUCAAACAACCACACCCCCUAAAGAUGUUCCACCAUAGUCAGCUAUGGGGUACAAAACGUGGUGAUGAAAUUGAAGACUCGGACUCCGAAGAGGAAGACAUUGAUCCUAAAAAAGGAUCCUCGUUGCAAAAGCUUGACUUGUCUUCUAACCAAAUAACGAAGGUUCCUAUCGGCCUGUCUUGCUUAGCAACCAAUCUCGUCACGUUGAUUUUAUCCAACAAUGCCAUUUCCAAUGUACCGUCCUUGGCGCUGUUUCCGCCGUCGCUAGGAACCCUAGAUUUGUCUCAUAAUAAUUUGACUGUGUUUCAUCCUAUAGCGGAAAAAGCUAUUUAUGGAAAUGUUGCUGAACAUCGAUGUUACAGUGUGAUUGAGGGUCAAAGACCGAGCCUGCGGCAGAGAAGGAUAAGCGCUGAGAGUGGACUUCAAACUGGUGCAAAAAUACGACUUUGCAGGCAUUUGAAACAUAGAACGUUGCCACAAUUAAAGCGCCUCGAUCUUAACAACAACAAGCUUGAAGAACUUCAUUUUUCACUUCCUCGAAGUAGAUCAUCAACAGUCACGUCGUUUUCAGAUAACGCGUCUGACAGCUCCAGAGGACCUAGGGUUCUUUUUCCGAGCUUACAGUCUCUGACGCUGAGUGACAACAGUGAAUUUUACAAUGUGCCUCGGGAUAUUGGAGUACUUUCCAAGCUUGGCUCACUGCAUUUAAGUAGGACAAAGAUCACACACCUCCCCCCUGAAGUUGGCUUGCUAUCAGAGUUGUGGGAUCUGCAAUACCAGGGUCUGCAGCUUCAGGACAUUGAACCCAGUGUUUUGGAGAGGAAGAAGACUAAAGAUAUUGUGGGAUAUUUAAGAUCAGUUCUCGAAAGGUAAGCCGAUGCCCUUCGUUAGAAUUCACAUAUUUGAAAUCUUCUGGAGUCUUUACAUGACGUCACGUCCGCCCUUUUAGAGGGCGUAAGCAAAGACGACGGCGACGGCGACGAGAACGGCAAAACAACAACUUUGCACGUGCAUCACGCUUUUUUGUACAUUUCUUAGCCGUCGUUGCACGACUACAACGUGAAAAUGCCUCAUUUCAAGUUUUGUCGAGGACGGGAGCACAAGACAACAACUUUCUUUUUCUUUUCCUGAACUUUGAUACAGUCCUUUAGAAUUCAACUCCAAAAAAAUUUGCCGGCUUUUGACGAAUUAAACAAGAUGGAAUAAGCGCGAAAAAGUUUGAGGCAGCGCGAAUUCACUUUUUAAGUGACGUUUUCGUAGCCGUCGCCGUCUUUGUUUCUUAAGCUCCCUAUGGGUGUCCCAAAACAAUGAAACGGUGACCAUGUUGGUUUUCCAAGCCAGUCCUGUGGGAGUUGAACUCUUUUCUUAUGUGAAAGCUUUCUUUUGUUUCAAUAACCUUGCAUAGAUAGUGGUCACGUGAGUGAAAACUUUCCUUGGCGAAAAAGAAGAGAGACCUGGGCACGGGUCACGGCGUGAAAUGCUGAAAACGGCUGAAAUCCUACCCCAUCCCCUCAAAAAGAAACUACUCACGCUCAAAAUCGAGUUCGAUUCUGUUCAACGGAUUUCCACGUCUGUAAAGUAGUUCUCGCUCCGUCGCUCAACCAACCACUUUUUUGGAAAAGUUAAAGAAUAAAGGAGAAAACAAGGAUUUUAUUUUAAUGACCCGAAAAGCACAUCUUGUCUUUUGAAAAAGUGAAUGCAGUGAAGAAUUCUCCUAACGCAAUCACCUGUUGUUACUUCUUUAGCGUUGGUGAAGAUUACUUGAUUUAUAUAAGGGUUUAUAUGACUGUCCAAGAGGUCUGUUUUUUAGUGGUAGGACUUGGGUUCUAGCAACAGAAUCAGAUGUUUUUCUCAGUGGACCGGUCCGUCUUCUUACGGGGAGAAGGUAAUGCCGGGGAACAAAAUAUUUAUUUGGUCUUGUCGUAAAAUGGUUCUGUAUUUUCGAUCCCAAGAUCUGAGCCUCAUCCGAGCAUGAAACUUAUGUUUGUUGGGGUUGCAAACAUCGGCAAGACAACACUUUUGAAUCAGCUGAGACAGGAGGGGACUGGUAGCUACCAGAACUCGCCUCCUGUUGGUUGGACAGAGAGAAAAGGCAAGAAGAAGAGAAGUGGAUCCACAAUUGGUAAGCCGUGAAGCACAUAAACAUGCUGGAAAUUCACUUUUAAAUGUUUUGGUUGUAGUAUUCUUCAUUGGCUUGAGUGGUUCUUUGUUUGCAUUUUUUGUUGUCGGUUGUCGUUUGUAAAAAAUGCGGCAUAACAUGCUUUAAAUGCUUUUAGACCAGGCCAUCCGAGGAAGAUGUAUGGCAAUGUUGUAAUAAGGUGGAUCAGGAGUGUCUUAAACUUAUGCCGUUUCGCGGCUGUGUAGUUCAUUUUUGUUAUUAGAGAGCUUUAUAUUUUAGGACGAGACGAGAUUUAACUUGAAGUUCUUUCGCUGAUUCUCGAAAAAUGUUCAACUUGGAAAGCUUUCUUGUACUAUUUUUCACCUGAAAAAUCAGUGCGGUUAUUUUUUAUUAGAGAAGGUUUAGCCCUUUUCCCGGUCGCAAAAUAAUCAAUCUUCUAAAGUGGAUAAUCGAGGAUAACCUUUUCCCGCCACAACGACAUUAUCGCUAAAACUCGUAGUAGAGUGUCAACGGCUAUCACGUUUUCCCGCCAAAAUGUCGUUAGCUCACCUAAGAGCACUACUUAGUACAGAGAAAAUCUCGUACUCGUAGUCGUCCUCGUCUCAGAAACUAAAGCUCUCUAAUAUUGCCAAUUACAUGUCCUUGUUUGCGAUAGAAACUAACUUUAGAAAAGAAAUUACCAGCAAAUGACAAAAUCACCACUUCUGGUCCGACAAAUAUGCCUCCUGGUAAGCAUUCUUCAGAUUUGCCAAUCCGCGCUUUCUUUUGUAAUAAUACUAUUGCUGUGUCAUUUAUACCUGUAAUAUUUUGAGCAGUCAUUUUUAUGUUUUAUUAGUUUCAGUGGACUCUCACUGUUUGAAUUUAGAUAUGUUUUCGUGACACAGCUACUCCCAAAUGAAAUUGUACCUGGGGAAUUUUCUGACUGAGGGAAGAGUGACUUUUAGGAAGGGAAGUCGAGAACUUGUGUGUCAAGGGAGCGUACUCAUAUACUUAUCACUGGCCAAAGCUUUUUGGGUCAUGUUAAAUGAGAUUCACUUCUUCGCUUGCUCAUUCCGUCAGCGUCUUACCUUGUUACCACCUGUCUGUUUUCCCUCUUGAGGUCGUAUAAAGAAAGCUGAUAUUAACAUCUCAACCGUUGGGGUGGAUGUGUGCGACUGGAUUUAUCCCAAGAAAACAGACUUUGCCUUUGGCCGUGCGGACAACAGACCCAGUAUCAAGUUUAGCACCUGGGAUUUUGGUGGACAGGUGAGAGUCCGGCGUAGACUUGCUCACAUGUAACGAACUGUGAAGCCGACCAUAGUGCACGAAAAACGUGCGCAAAUGGCGAGAAAAAUAAAGCGAGUGGCCAGGGCUUCCUGUAGAAUUUAGAGUUUACGCAACCACGACAGCGACAACAACGUGGUCGUUAGUAAAGCAGCAAGUUUAAUAACCAAAACAACAACUCCUGCACCUCAAUCACGCUUUUUGUACAUUUCUUCGCCCCCUGCCCAAUGCGCGACUACAACAUGAAAAUUUUCAGUGUGACUUUUUUCAGAGGGCGCAGGGUUUUCAAUAAUCACCGACGACCGACACAAGUAAAACACGUCGGCUACUUUGCUCAGAAAAGUCGGCCACCUUUCCCCCCUAAAUUGGAAGCUGGAAAUAACGUAUUAAAUUAAAGAAAGAUUCUGUCAAAACUUAUAUUAAAGUUCAAUUUGCUGAACCUAAACAGACUGCUUCAGAUUUAAAAUACUUAAGAAAAGUUUGGGACUUAUUGUGCAUUACUUGUCCAAAUUGAUCUAACAUACGUUAUCUUUUAUACUCAAUUUAGUGCCCAGAACGCUGGAAAUCGCAUUUUAGGGCGUUGAAAUUUCGAAAUUUUCAAGGGGUGCACGCUCCCAGACCCUUCUAGAAGAAGACGAGUAAAAGCCUUUUUUUGAUAUAGUCAGUUUAAGUUACUUUUUUCAAACCUGCUGGCUUCUUCAAUAUUUAUUGAAACCCCUGAGGCGUAACCACUUGAUGACAAAUUUUUCUUUCCUUUUUUACAUUUUGAUGUGAUCCCUUAAAUUUCAACUCCAUCAAAAGUUGCUUUCAUUUGGCCAAUUGAGCCUGCUGAAAUAACCGCUAUAAAUUUUAAAAGAACGUAAAUGCAAAGUUGCCGUCACCGCCAUGGUGGCUUAUAAAAAUUCCCUAGUGUUUUUACACGACGUCAGGUCGGAAAUAGUGGGUCGUAUUGAUCAUGAAGACAAUGAAAUGGCGGCCGUAUCGGUUUCAUCGCUUGGCUGUCGAGUUUCCGUCAGCUGCUGCGGUCUUUAGCAAGCGAAACGACUGAUUUGCCUUGGCUGCAGCAUACCCUUAAUAGCGAGUUCGAGAUCGAGUUCAACUCAACGAAUGUCCAGCUAGUUAUGUCCUGCGAAGCCUCAUACUUUCCUGUUGUUGAACAGCACGUAACUAAGAUUGCUGCGAUGAUUGAUUAUCUUAUAUUGACGUGCGUGCAUUGUGAGCUAUAACUUUCAUUUAUUGACAUGCCUUCAUUUUACGUUGCAGCUGUACUGGCAUGCGUGCAUUCUAUGUUGUAACUGCAUUGGCAUGCCUGCGUACUUUGUUGGAGCUAUAUUGGCAUGCGUUCAUUCUUUGCUAUAACUUUAUUGACAUGCCUGCAUUCUAGGCCGUACUUUAGUGGCAUGCCUUCAUUCUGCGUUACAACUAUACUGAGGUAGCUGUAUGUUGUAGCUGAUAUACGUGUGUUCAGUGUCAUAACCGUUCUGACGUGCCUGCUUUCUAUGUUUUAGCGAGAGUACUAUGCUACUCACCAAUGCUUCUUGUCUCAUCGCUCGCUCUACAUUGCCAUGUGGAAGGUCACUGAUGGAGAACAAGGUGUUAAUGGAAUUGAACCAUGGCUACUAAAUAUUCAGGUUGGUUUCUCGUCAUCGAUGUGCCUUUUAGCAUGUUCUUCUCCUUAUUUAGGUCUUUAGGCAGACCAUCCGGCGUGCAUUAUUAUAUGGGGAAAAAGUUGGAUGAGGACCUAUGAAUGUUUGCUUACUGUGCAAUUAAUUAAGAGUUAAAGAGCUUUUUUCAAUGAUGCUCUAUUUUGCUCAGUUGGGGGUUUUGAUCCCGUUUCGAGUUAACCAUGUUCGAUGAAUUGAGGCACAAACGACGCUUUUCUGUCUUGAUAUUUUGGUAAUAUAUUCACGAACUCUAACAAGUUUUUUACAUCUCUUUUAUUUUAAGAGUGUGUCAUUUAAUCACGACCACCAGGCCGGAUUCAUGUCGUUGUUGCUGUCUUAUUCAAAUUUAUCAACCCUAUCGAGCCUGCUGAAAUAACCGCUAUAAAUUUUAAAAGAACGUAAAUGCAAAGUUGCCGUCACCGCCAUGGUGGCUUACAAAAAUUCCCUAGUGUUUUUACACGACGUCAGGUCGGAAAUAGUGGGUCGUAUUGAUCAUGAAGACAUCUCGUUUAUUUUAAGAGUGCGUCAUUUAAUCACGACCACCAGGCCGGGUUCAUGUCGUUGUUGCUGUCUUAUUCAAAUUUAUCAACCCUAUCGAGGUUUAAACAACAAUAACCCUAAUCCGCAGGCUCGAUUACCAGCCGCUGUCCAAACCAACCUCGUUCCCAGGGUUCUCUCUCCUACUCGUCCCUACGGAGUGAGAGAGGCGGGUAGGAGAGAGAACCUGAGAACGAGAUUGUGCCCAAACGUGUGGACGUCUGCCUCCUCCCCUCGAAGAGGGAGAUGAGAGACGUCCGUGGACCGCAUGAUUAGCGGCGCCGAUACACACACGUUUCUUUCCUUAACGUUUUUUGAGGAGAGAAGUGCGAUUGUUUACAGGCUACAGCUUUACGGGAAAGUAAGCAACGCGCCCAACUCCCCGCCCCACCCUCGGUGCGCCUCUCUCGGGGAGGAAGAAAGAUCGGGCUCGAAAUCUAGGAUCUAGAGUGUGGAGGAAAUAGAGCCUACCAUUCUCCAUGAUAUCCUUGAGGCUAACCCUGUAACAAUAUGUCAUUUUACCCAACCGUCAUUUAUGACACAAAAAGGGGCUGUUUAUACAUUAAUACUACCUUUUUUGUUUGGUUGUAGGCGCGCGCGCCAGACUCACCUGUCAUCAUUGUGGGAACUCAUUACGAUUGUCUGGAAGACAAAGAAAGACGGUCAGAGUAUCUUCCAAGCUUGCGCAGUACGAUAUCAGAAAAAUACCUCGCGGCCGAAUAUGGUGGCAGUGUUAUGAACACACGGGAGCGAGGCUUACCAAAGGUGAUGGCCAUGAUCGAGGUCAGCUGUAAGACUGGGUACCACAUCCGGGAAUUACGUCAACUCAUCUACAACACGUCAUUUGAGAUUAAAGAGAAAGGUAUACAAUAAUUAUCAAAUGACUAAGUUUGCUACGAAGAGAUUGAAAACUUCAAGCCAUUUUCUCAAGCCGUAACCUUUGACCUGAGCCGUUCCGCCACUUUUUUUUCAAAUUUUCAAGUCAUGAACCUUUCUCUUGGCUUUGUUUAGCCGUUGAGCUAAUUGGUUGAAGACCUUAGGAUGAGUCACCGAUUUCAAGCACUCGCGACCGAAACACUCGCGUGUUGGGUAAUGCAGUCACGCGGUAGAAUAUGCUAGAACUAAGCUAGGGUUGUCAGUUUUACUUGUCAGAGACUUACAAUUCACCAGUAUGCCUUUAAUUCACUAAACUCUUUUUUUAAUAAACAGGUUGUAAUUGUUUGAAGAUGGAAACUACAAACUUGUUGGCGUCGUUUUUCAAAUGUUUUUGCUCGCGAGCGAAACAUUUUCAAAGAAAACAAUCUGACUCUCAAUAGAAAACAGCUGUUUUAUACCGGGGUGGUUUUGUGUUUGUUUCUUCUUACAGGAAGCCGUGUUCCAUUACUCAAGACUCCCAUUCCAGCCAGUUAUAUUGCAGUGGAAGAAGCUGUUUGCGUGAUCCGCGAAAGAUGCUAUCGUGAUGACCAGACACCUGUAUUCAAAUCUGAACAGUUCAGGUGAGAACUUAGAUAUUUAAGGUGGCUGCAUCAUUUUUUCGAAGAUUUGCACUUAUUUUCGUAAAUUGCGAUCUCUAGACCUACUUCAAACUGACAAUGCAAAGUAUUUCAUCGAAAUAAAUUACAGCAGCACAACAAAGAAGCGAUUGAGAGUGAGACUGAGAUUGAGAAUCUUUAUAAAAGUGGGAGUUUUUUUAAGCGGGUAUAUCCCAAGUCAAUCCGUUCCCGUCUUCAGUUUCGCUUAUCCAUGCACGUUAUUGUCUUCCAUUAUUUCUUGUUUUCGCCUUCAGUAUUAUGCUGUUAUUUUGUUAUGUUAGUUAAUUCUGAUACCAGUUGUUAAGUGGAGACCAGAUGUUUAGUGGUGAAAUAGAGGAGAAGUCUUUACGUCACGUUGCCAUGGUAGCAAAAUUUUUGGAUCACAGCAAUAUCUCUAUUGUCUAAAAUGCUUUACCUAACCUCCUCGAACAUUCAUAUUUCAGCUUAUACUACUCAGGUCGUGUAUCCAUGGGUAAAGCUAAGUUCUAUUCAGCUUCUAUUCGCGCAUCUGUGGUCUUCGCAAUAGCUUAUCCCGCUCAUGAAUUUCAUACAAACAUCUUAUUUUGUUUUUAUUUAUCGUUAACUUGUAGUGCUGCAGUUGAAGCUGAGCUCUCCAAAAAACAGAUUCAGCUGCGGGGCCCUGAGGAGCUGCAACAAGCAACAAGAUUCCUCCAUGACAAUGGUAACGCAUAUCUAAGGGCUUACAAUUUCAGAUGAAGCACCUACGUUAUUUACUCAAAUAAGCGCCGCGUUUGGGACAAAAGGUCAAUAAGUGCCGGCUCCGAAUAAGCGCUGCGGCUCCCAUUUGAUCAAAAUAAAAAUGAUGUUAAUUCUGUUAGUUUAAUAUGGAAAAUUAUAAUACCGUAGAUAAAAUAAUUCGUGUGUCUUGUCCUACUUUCUAUUAUAACCGCCGCGGCGCUUAUUCGAAUAAGUACGGUAUUGCUUGUAGAGGUAGCGCAUCGACGUAGUGGUUAUUUUUCUUCCAAUCCUGAUCGAAAUUUAAAUUUGGAAGAGGGUAAAACCGGAGUACCAGGAGAAAAACAUCUCGACCGACAACAAAUUUUGCACUGAAACGCGACCUCUAGCAUUCCUUCAAGAUUUUCGCAUGUUACGUGCGAGCGAGCGAGCAUGCGAGCGAGCGAGAGAGAAGACGAAAAGAGAAAGAGAAGACAAAAGAGGUUACAGUCCCUCCUCCUCUUUCUUCUUAGCCUGCGUAGCUGGCAGAAUUGUUUUUGUGUGUGUGAGAGAGUUUUGGCGUUGAAGCGGCCAUUCUUGCGGCCCUCUCCACACGGCUUCGCAGCUGUUCUGCCAAAACUUUGAUCACGCUAACGAUCUAGUCUGAAGUGUCAGUGUAUCCCGCCGGCUACGCGGGCUAUUUUCGUCUACUUCCUCGCGCGUUUCCUCGCUCGUAAGUAACAUGUUCACCCGUGUGGCAAUCUUGAGAGAGGCUAGAAGUCUAGACUGCAAUGGAUUAAUAGCCAUUGAAUGAUGAAAGGAAAUAGAAAGAAUCAGCUAGAACCAGUUUUAUUUAAGACGGCAUGGAUCAUUAAUUCUUUUCGAAGUGGUAUCUUUCUCCAUCCUAGCCGUCCAUGACCGAAAGUACUUCUGCAAACUUGUCGUAGUGUCCUAGGUCAUAAUUGGUAUUAUUAUUACUUUAAUUUACAGUCUAUUGACUCUGAUAUUUGGAUGAUUCUUUCAUAACAGGUGUUUUGCUGCACUAUGAUGAUCCCCUGUUACGUGACUUGUAUUUCUUGGAUCCUCAAUGGUUGUGUGACAUGCUAGCACAUGUGGUCACCAUCAGAGAAGUUAAUCCACAUAUUAACAAUGGUAAGACCAAGUCGUUAAAUUAAAAUAGUGAAGAUAGUCAGGCUCUCUUAGAAGCUACUGACAGCUGGGCUUUCAAUAUAGAUCGCGGUAAUGUAAAUGCAGUGGUUUUCCCGGACCUGGAGAAAGCGUUUGAUACCGUUGAUCACGUCUGUUCUUUUAGCGAAACUAAGUCUGUACAGAAUACAGGAGACUGCUUACGAUUGGUUUAAAUCGUAUUUAAAUAACCGUACCCAGAAAUGUGUUGUUAAUGGUUCGCUUUCCAAAGUCUGUUCUUUGGCUGUGGGGUCCUCAGGGGACUAUCCUAUCGAAGCUGUUUUUCUGGUCCGGUUUCAAGCCCCCCCUCCCCCUGUUUUAAAGCCCCCUCCUAAAACCCCCUUUCGAAGAUGUGUGAAAACCCAAGGCUUAUCAGCGGCAGUUUACGGUACGACACAAUGCGCACGCGUUGUGGCCCCACAAUAACAUUUGGUGUUGGUUUCCCGCCUGCAGGUGUAAUGAAGCGAUCGGACUUGUCCCAGAUCUUUCGCAGCGAGCGCUUCCCGGCCAAUCUAAUGAGUCAGUACGUUAACCUGUUGAGCAAGUUUGAAGUGGCCUUACCCUGGAGUCCUGAGUUUCUACUCGUCCCGUCCCUACUCCCCGACAGCCAACAAGACACAAACCAGCCCGUGGCAGCCGGUGUCAGUAAGAAAGUGGCUCAAGCAAUGCAUAUGACGGCAUAUACCAGGGGCAAAGUGUUGCGAAGACAGUAUGUCAUGUCUUAUGUUCCUAGUGGCUUCUGGCCUAGGCUGAUUACCAGGUGAGAAAUCUUAAUACUAUAUAACACAGACCUUUACUGAAAUUCUUAGUCGAGGACAACUACGAGAACUAGAUUUUCUCAAUGCUAAGUAGUGCGCACGCGUGAACCAGCCUUCAUUUUGGCGGGAAACCGUGGUAGCCGUUGUCAUUCUACUACGGGUUUAAACGAAAACGUCGAAAUGACGGAAACUAGUUAUGAAAUGUCAGAAGUUUUAUGAUUUUGCGAUCGGUAGAGAGCUUAACCCGGCUUCUAGUGUAAAAAAGUAAAAUGAAGCUUUAUUGGUUGUCUAUUUUUUGAGAAUACGCCAAAAAACCUUUAGGCAGCAAUCGGUCUCGUAAUCGUUCUCGUCCUUGAUUCUAAGGUCCCUAGUCACUGCAAAAGCGUCACAUGGAACGUUCUUGUUGUAUGCUGUUAGUAUGUAAGUCUAACCAAAGUUGCCAAAGGGUGCUAUUUUGUACCCUGGGAAAAAGGAAACGAGUCGCGGCAUUAGGUCGAGAACCUGUCGCAAACCGUUUACCCGGUUAAUAGCCCUGUUUAAUUCCAGGAAGAACUUGCUUCUUGAACGAGAGUAAUUUAACUUAAUAGACCUAUUCACGAUACCCGCCAUCUUUGAACGCACUUUAGAAUUGAUGGGAUAAAAACAACGUCACUGGUACUGGUAUACCGGAAUAAGUUACUGAAAACAAUGCUUACAGCCUCCGCUUACCAACUUACCAACUUAUCAACUUAUUUCGAUACGCUUUCGUUACUAUCUUGUAGCCUGGAACACAGGGCGCAGAGGAGUAAUUUGUGACCUUGACUGCAGUUAAAUUGUACAGUUAAUAGCGUAAUUCGCCUUUGUUAAUGAAGAAGAGAAGAAGAAGAACCUUUAUUAAUUUAUACCGCUCAGGGUAGCCCCUUCAGACGCAAAAAGCUGUCUGUUAUCAAUGGGAGCCCUGAGCAACAACGCACAAAAACCACACUGAACAUAUAAACAUUACACUAAUACAGGUAAUAAUAUAAAUAGAAAACUAUUUUCAAUUAAAAGAUUAAAAGAUGUAAAACACGGAAUAUCAAUAAGAUAAUUCGUUAAAAAGAGUGCAACCAUAAUAAUAGAAGGAUCUUUUUGCAAUUUCAGUUCUCACAGCAGGCGGAUGUAAGAGGUUGCUUUGUCUAGUAGCGCGCGCAUGGAUUGUAUUAUUACGUUUAAAAUAUCGUUUAAAAUACUGGGGACAUUGACCUUGCAGGCAUUUCUUAACGAGUUUAAAAACAGAUUGACGUCGGCGCUCCUCCAAGGUGGGCCAUUUCAGAACGUCCAAUGCCUGCUUGCUGCGCACAGUACAAGCCACUAUCCUAGCAGCCCGGUUUUGGAGGGCUUCAAGGUCUUGUUUACGACCUUCCCCGCAACAGCCCCACACACUUACACAGUAUUCUAAAAUUGGCCUAAUUAGACUACAAUACACUACAUUUGCACUCUCUCUGUAGAGUCGAAUAUGGUGAAUAUGAACUUGACCGAUCAAACCGUCACACUUACAAACCUGGUAAAAUACUAUCCAGUGCUCGGUGGGAGUAUCGAAUGACGGUUUGCUCGAUUCAACAGUAUAAAAACAAAGGCGAUGCGCGGUAUCGACUUUAAAACUUAACUACAAUCAACAAUCAAGGUCACAAAUAACUCCUCUGCACCCUGUGCCUGGAACAGGCUUUGCCGUUUUGUUUUGUCCCAGCCCCAGUGCACCUCUCGUUCUCCAACAUGGCGGUUCUGUUACACGUGAAUGACUAGCUUUAAAGAGCUUAUAACGUCAGGUUUGUUAACCAGCAUUGCACUUGUUUUCUCUUCAGAGUGAUCCCUGAUGAGCGAAUCUUUGAUACUGUCAAAUCAUGUUGUGAGCUGUCUCUUGACGGGCCAGUACAAGAGGGAGACAGAGAUAAACUUGCCGUCGUGGCCCAGCCCGAGUGGUCAUGCUGGAAGACUGGGAUAGAGUUAUCAUGUUUUGGUGUUAAGUUGCUCCGGAUAUGUGAGUUGGAGGAAAAACCAUUUUUCGGAGCUCCAGGUCAGUGGCUUGAGUAGGGGGCUCAGUUAAGCAACGCUGACGGCGAUGGCAACGAAAACGUCAAGAAGCAAUCAGUUUAGGCUAUGUUCAUAUUGUUACCGGACAGCUUUUACACCUCCACGAAAAUCUUACCGGGUAGAGAUUAUGUUCGCACACAAGGACGGUGACUUCGAAAAUGCGCCACGCCGAUCUCUAAAGUGGAGAGUCACAUAUCGGAUAUGUGUUCAUACAAUACCGCAUAGGUUUUCGUGUCCGCACGAAAAGCUAUCGGAUAUACUGUGAACAAAGCCUUAGGCCUAGAGCAACCGUCAAACUUUUUAUGAGACGAAACAAAUUCUAAUUUGGGUCGACCUAACCCAGUUAAGAUCGUCUAUUGGGUCAGAUGUCGAAUUUAGGACGCGUCGAACCAAUCAACUGAAUUAGUCGGCUUUUGUCCACAUCCUCCGCAAAACAUGAAAUUAUGACGUUUCACAUCGUAGUCGUGCAACGACGGCAUAGAAAGGUACCCCCCCUCCCCCUCCUAAAAAAAAAAAAAAAACGUAAAGCGCGUGCAGAUUUUGCUAAUCUAAGGCCUCGGCGAAACCUUGGGACAUCUGAAGAUCAUCUACGGGACAAACGUCGAUCUUCACAUGCGACUAACUUAACUAAAAAACUAAAAUUGUAUCAUAAUGUAUAUUUAGCCACACCAUUCGGGAGAAAACUUAGUACUAUUUUCGUUUUCUUUGUCUUAACUUAGUUACAGUUCCUCAGAAUUCGUCUCCAGAAAAAAUCGCCUACACCCGACAAGUUAAACGAAACGGAAUAAGAGCGAUGAACUUUGAAACAGCGGGAAUUUAAUUUUUUUAAAGUGACAUUUUCAUCGCCGUGGUCGCCUUCGUGGUUGUUUAAGCUCCAUAGUGUUUAUAAAGGGAAGGCAUGAAAGAGCUGCACAAGUGCUUUCAUCUGAAUCGUCACACUUACAGCUUCAACCAGCUUACUGAACAGCUAAAACCUCCUUGUUUGCGAUCAUAAACGGCAUCGUACGAGACUUCUGUUUUCUCAAAAACUAGUCAGGACGUUAUUCACCGACUUAAAAGUUAGAGGCGUCUUUUAAUGAAGCAACAGCCCGCACUUUCUAUUGGUUUACCGGCGAAAUAUCCCACGCGGGAACGCGAGGAAAGCUUUUAAUUUCGGUUCGUAAUUUACAAGCCUUUCGAGUGUUCACCCAGCAUCCCGCGUGGGCUAUUUCUCUGGUAAACGAAUAGAAAGUGCGGUCCAUUGCUUUUAUAAAAUAACUCUAACUAAUACACAUAGUAUUUUCAGGCCAAAAUAUGAUUUACAAUGCUGUGGUCACGUUGUGGAUUCUCUUAACAUUUAUAAAUUUACGCACAGAAGCCGAUCAACUUGCAGGCCCUAAUUUUUCAAACGUUGGAUGGCGUUAUCCACCGGAUAAAUCACUAUCCAGUGGAUAAGUAUUGAUGAAACCAGUUGGCUUAUCUACUAAAUAGUGGUUCAUACAGUGAAUAGCGUUACUGACCUUUUGAACAACUGGGGCCAGACGGUGACAUCGCGCCAAAGAAAUCAUUUUGAAACGAGAUUUCUCAAAGCUUUCUUUCUAUUAAGCAGGUUUAUCCCAUCAAGCUUACGUCUCGCUCUGUUUUUGUUUUCUUUGUUAGACGGUGUGGCGACUCCUUUGCACUACAGAGGUGAGGCACACAAGGCUUCUUGUUACUCGACUAUUGAAGUCAUCACACCCUGUAUAGGCAUCAGCAUGGAAAAGUUUGAACAGCGCAAGAAAACGGCACCAAGAAGGAUGAACCGAAGCAAACCAGACGACGGUAAGUAUCAAGUCAAACUGGUCUACGACGACCAAGUGUACAUAGCCUGCGAGCAAGCUCUCCUAUUUGGGCGAGCGAAGCGAGUCUCGCGAGAACGCGCGAGCGAGCGGCCUCUCGCGCGGCUCGCUUCGCUCGCCCAAAUAGGAGAGCUUGCGCGCAGGCGCAUGAGAAUAAAAAAAGAAUUAUAAUAUCAAUGGCUUCACACUAAGCAUCGCUUUGAAACAGAGGGAGUUUUUAAGCAAAAAUAGGGAAUUUAAGCACCAGACGUUCUUGAUUCACGAACAGCAUGGCUGGCCGCGCAAAACUGGAUCGGGGACGCGGUUUGCGUGCCAAAUGCAAAUGAUUAAGCAAAACAACGUGAAACCAUCACGAACGCUGACAGAAUAAUUCAGUUGAAAAUGUCUUUCAAAGAUUUGCGUUAAGUUUUUUUUCUUUCUUACGAACAAAACGGGAUUUCAAACGAAGAAUUUCUGCCUUUGUAUGCCAAAUACUCUUCGAAGAACCCAGAAUUUGAACCUCUGGUUUCAACCUGAGAACUUGCGUUUUGAAGUCCGUGACCGCAGCUCAAGGACGUCUUGACAUGGGCAGUGGCUGUCGUGCUGCAAAAAUACUUCCGCUUGGCGUCUAUGGUGCCUAGAACGUCUGGUGCUUAAGUUCCCUAACGUUUUUGAGCGACGCAUGUCAACUGGAAGUGAGUCGUUUUCCCUUUCAAUAGCUGUGGUCACACUACAGACUUUUUACCUGGGUAGUCUCGACUUGUUGACAGUUUACCUAGGUAAACUUCAUUUUUUAAGUGUGACCGAUUUUUCCCCAGGUAACUUACCUCGGGAAAAUUUUAUCGUCUGGGACUUGAAUAUGUCUCGAGAACAAUAGAGUUUCCCUUUGACAGCUACCCCAAAUCGCUAGCUAGGGAAAAAUGAAAUACCGAGGUUGCUAGCCAAUAGACGCUCAUCGGCGAAGGUCUUGAUGACAGAACUGGACAUAGCUCACGCUGUGAAAAACUCUUUUUGGGCACGAGUCGUCUACGUCCUUUCCCUGUCUUCACAUUGCACGUUAAAUUAACAUAAGAAAUAACAGCGAGAUAAAAAAGAAAAAACGUCUCUUUGAUCGGCUAGAUCCCUGAGCAUCUUGCCUUCUUGAAUUUACGCGCCAAAAAAUUCAACUGUGCGUGAAAACCUUGGGAGCCGAUAUCAGUGGUGUGACCUUCUUAGAAUUUUUUACCUAGGUAAAAUAAAACCCGAGAUGAAUUGACCUCGGGAAAUUUUUGAUGAAUUUGGCCUAGGUGAAUCUGUUUUACCUGGGUUAAGUCUGUAGUGUGACCACAGCUAAUAUGACAGCUAACAAAUUUGUAUUGCCGCGUGUCUUUUCUCUCAUAGAGACCAUUUGCCCGAAAACGUGGUCAACUUCACGAAUUUCAAAUUUCACGUUCGAGGAGCUGAUGUGGGGCGUGAUUUUGCGUGAAAUGUUGGAGUGUUUAGAACACGUUGCGUGCAUUACUGCAGAGUUGAGCCCUUCGAGUGAAACACGUUACGUGCAGUGUUGCUUUAAUGUUGUAAUCUGUGUCCCAACCUAACAGACAGUGAAAAGAAACAAAAAUCGAGUAAGGUUUCGAGUUGACCUUUACAAUUGUCUCCGCAGAUCACAGGGAGGGUUCAAAGUUGGUCGGUUUUAAAGUGAAGUCGGUUUCAGACUGUAACAUCCAAUCAGCUGCUCGCCUGGUCGCCAUCAUUGCGGAACACAUGGAUACGCUGAUCACUGAUUGGUUCCCAGGCCUUGAUGCUGUCACGGUCCAGGGACGUCGCUUGGUUACUCGGCUCAUACCUUGCCCCAAUUGCAUCAAGACGGUGUGUGGAGUGGAUCAGGAAGGGACUGUAACGGAAGAUGAGGGUGCGGUUCCUGUGCCGGUGCUUUCGUCGAGUCAAGACAGCGGUGUACAUUUAUCCACUGAUGGCAGUAGCGCAAGUACAUCACCCUGGCCGAGUCCUGUGCACGUUGCUAAGAAACCAGAGGCUAAUGGAAUAGGUAUGGGUUAAAACAACCUGCGUGAUAAUGCACUGCUAACUGCUAACAGCUUGUAGUGCGUUCUACUGAGUGAUCGUAUUCCGGAAUCAGAAUGCACAGAUAGAUAGUUACAAACCCCUUCUCUUGUGUUAUUGGAGUCACUGGACUGCUACGGAGUCCGGCAUAUUUGUAGUUAAGCGACUUGCAGGCAUUCUAAAGUUGUUAAUAAGCCAUUUGUAGCUCCCGCAGUCACGUGACCUCUAUUUUAUAAAAACUGUGGGAGACCAGAAUUAAAAAGAGCAUGAAAAGGUAAAAUCACACUCUUUUAUCAAGAGUAUAAAACCUAAAUUUUGGCAGUGUCACUUUAUAUUUUUUGUGCUCUUUCAAUCUAUGACAUUUUUAGGGUUUUAUCAGAUAACUUCGGCGUGAGAAGGGCAACGUGACAUCACCUGCCAAGGACUAUAAGAGAUUUAAACAAUUUUAUUCUAAGAAAUGUUUCGUCUUUUACCCAGUCCCCUCAAGCAGCCGGCUACCUCAGGAACUGAUCAAUGGUUCGCCGAAGCUUCCUAUGCGCGAUCGAUCAUUCUCUGAGCCUGGCAGAUUCACUUUUGGUUCUGUGAGCAGUGGACUGGUCACUGAGGAAGAGAGCUCGAGUUGUUUUGACUACACAUCGGAUCAGGUGGGUUGGUUCGAUGUUGCCAUGGUUACCAUUUAAAGGGGCUGUGUCAGGUUUUUUGGUAUUGGCUUAGAACGCUAAAACACAUUGGAAUCAAAGACAACCCUGAAAUAAUUGUUCCGUUUAGUCUUUAGCUUUUCGUUGGCCAACAUAGAAUUGGAUUGCAGCUUGGCAAGAAUGGGCUAACUUUUUCAAGUUAAAUUCCUCUGUUGUGAAAAAAUUUCCAAAAACCGAUCGUACCUUGUUUUCUCUUUGUUAGAAUCAUUUGAUAUCUCUCUUUUAGAGUUCCCAGUAUAUCAAAAAAAGACUGACCGAACGGAGCCUAACGGGGAUAAAAAUCGAGGAUGGCUGCUAUUUUGUGUGGUACACAAAUAUACCUCGUUUUUUCGCAAGCUACUUGCCUCAAACCUUGUGACAUGUUUAAUGAUGAUAAUAAUAAUAAUUUUGAUAAUUUUAAUAAAACAUAAUACUAAUACUUUGUUAAAAUCUUAUUUAAACUACAUACAAAACUUUAGUAAAAAAUUCAUAAAAAAAAAACGUCCAUAUCAAUACAAAUUUCCGUCAAAGCCCCUUCACAAUUCAAAAUUCCAAGAAAUCACAUAGAGUUAUAAAGAAUCAAGUCAAAAGUCCCAGUGGAUGGCAUAAACGUCAAUGUUCUGAUUUUUCAUAAUACGGAUAAGGUUCUGGUCCAUGAGGCGAGAUACAAAUCUAUUGCUAUUCAUUUUCAGUACCAAUUUCCCGAUAAAAAGACCUAACUAAAGAAAAAAAUUCCAUAAAAAAUAAAAAUAAUGCCUUUGUUAAAAACAAAGCUAACUAUUAUUAUUAAUAUUAUUGAUAAUGAUAUACAAGUGCUAGGAGCAUUUAACAAAGUCUUAAUACUCUUACAGGUAAUCAUCAAAAAAUAUGAAAUGAAAUUUAACAAACCGGUACUUUAUAAAAACUACUAUAAAAUUAGACGUAGACAUAAAAAAUGAAAAAAGAAAAUAGCUAAAAAAGAUAGGUGUUCAGUUUGGUACUUAAAGCUACUAAGACGCGUUCUCCGUAUGCUUGAAAAUCAUGUGAUAUCACACACGUUUUGGGUUUUUACUAGCCUGCGAGAAGAGCUCUUCGGAGCGCUCUGGCGGCGGGGCGCGAAAAGGAAGGAGGGCUCUCAACUACGUCUCUGGAAUUUGACUUCCACCUCCAAUUCCCCUGUGGCUUCCCGUCGACUGAGCUGUCAGAUUUCCUCCAAUUAGCGCGAAGCGGAAACGAGCGCGAAUGUAAACAUACAUUGAAAAACACGUGCCAAGGGUAAUUUCAUCUCCGCCAAUCAGAAUUUUGCAUCGACUUUUUCGAUGCAGACCUUAAGAUUAAAGAGACGUAGUUGCAAGCGCUUCUUCCUUUUCCCGCCCCGCCGCUAGAGCGCCCUGGAGAGCUUGCUCGCGGGCUAGGUUUACUUUUUAUUAGCUUUGUUAGCCCGGCGGUGUUUACACAAUUCUAGUGGUUCUUAGUUUUUUCUUGCUAGAAAGUAUCCACGCACACCUCACGUCGAAAUCCGACCUCCUCUCCCUCCCCACCAGAAAGUAAAAUGCUUUAAGGAUUGCAAGUAUAGUGAACAGAAAGUACAUAUUUAAGUAACAGCCUAAAUGCGUUUGGUGUGCACUUUUACUAAAUUCAUCGCAAGUUGUGUAUGUAUAGCUCUUUCUACUGAGUUUAACUUGGCCUGCGCGCAGACGUGUACAACAAAGAAGAAUGGAGACAUCUGCACGCAGACUAAGUGUAACUGUAUUCUGCUCCUUUUACAGAGUACUGACAGUCGGGGCAGCCUCGGUAGUGAAAACAGCUCCCCCGAGAGAGGUGUGGUCAGACGACGGAGACAAUUCGGCAAAGGUCGUGGUGCACGUGGAAGCAGCGAGAGUGACGAAAGUAAUGUUGUGGAUACGAACACAGCCGAGCAGGAAAGAACAAGUUACGAGGAACCUCUCUUGCAAGGUACAUUAUGAAGCUAUGUACGAGCGAAAUAGACCUUCUUCAAGAUGCCCGCCCUCUUUGCUUGCGCUUUAGGAUUGAUAGGAUAAAAGCAAUGUCACGUGGUAUUUCAGGGGGCAAACAAGUGAUAAAAAUUGCCGAUACCAGUAAUCGCGGUCCAGUCAGUUUAUUCUCUCAAAAUGAGAGGACGAUUUAGUUGUCUUGCAAAAUGCGUAGUUUUGCAACUGCAUCUAAAAAAGGAACAAUUAUCAUUUCCACCCAGAAUUUGCCAUUAUCAUGUGACUUGGCUUUUAUCUCAUCACUCCUUUAGUGCGUGCAGUGAUGGCGGAUAUAGUGAAUAAGGUCUAUUGUAGGGGAAAAUCGGUGAAUAAGGUCUAUUGUAGGGGAAAAUCGGAAUACCCCCUAGAAACUUGCUCCUUGUCGGGGCAGUUCCAGCUGUUGUUUUAUUCUGAUUGGCCAGCAAAUGAUUCUGUGUUCAAAAAGAAAAGGCAAGAGGCACGGGAAGCAAAUGAAGAGAGGGCGGACGCGCUGUCCGCUUUCUCCAGUCCUCGCCCGUUCACUUUCUUCACUCUCGCUUUUCCUUUUGUUCUUAACUUUCUGACUAAAUAGGGAGCUUAAACAACAACAACAACUACGACAGCGAAAGCAUUGCUAAAAAUGAAUUUUCCUCCUUUCAAAUUUCAUAUGCUGUAGCAACGAAGACGGCGACGCUAACGGAAAUGUCAAAGAAAAACUAAGUUCAACUAAGCAAAACAACAACUUUGCAUGUGUAGCACACCUUUUGGCACAUAACUUUGCCGUCACUGACGGACCACUACGUGAAAUUUCCUUAUGCGACGUUUUAUGGAAGACGAAACACACGGUGUGAAUUCUUUCUCUUUCUGAACUCAGGUUUCCAAGAAUUCAACACCAGGGAAAUUCUGCCGCAAUUCUCUAAGCAAGUUGAAAUAAACGCGAUAAAGUUUGAAGAAAAGCAAAUGCAUUUUAAUGAUGUCGUUUUUGCUGCCGUCCCCAUACUUGUUGCUAAAGCUCCCUAUGAGAGCCUGGAACAGGCCAGGAAAACACAUUGUUGUCCUUGGUAUCAUUAACUAUUCAUCCUAUUUCAAUCACACUUUUUGUCCACAGGAAGCAAUGACAGCACCACCAACAACUUAAAUAACCGCGAAUCUCGUCAAUACGGCUCGGCAACCAGACCUCGUCCCACCCAGGGCGAGACAGUUGUGUACUCAUUCGAGUUUGAAGAUUGUGUGCUUGCUGCGUACAGAUCCCAGCCUGUGGAAUGCACUGUGCAUGGUCGAUUGGAGCUCAGAGAACUGGCACCCGACGCUGUAAGUAUCAGUUCCUUGGCGCUAUGUCAAAUCUAGUUCAAAUCUAAGGAUAGUUUGAGCUUCAUCGCGUCAACUGUCUUAGUUUAAGCUUCACGUACACGGCAAACGGCAAACGUCAGAUUCAAGUUGAGAAUUUCUCAAAAUGAAAAAUGAGCAGUUAAAAACAGCUGAGAAAAUUCUUGUGGAUAAAAAAUUUCGCCAAACUACUAGUUUAUGUGUAGAAAUGACGAACAGUUGGCGAGAAGCAAAAGGAAAACUUGGUCACGUGGUAAAAAUUCGCGUUUGCUGUUUGACGUAAACAUGAUUCUUAACCUCCCUCAGUACUAACACGGCAAACGUCGCGUAGAAAAGAUCGAGCGCUGAAUUAGGUUACUUUCGUUUGGAGUUCCUGUUUGCGGUUUGUCACUAAAUUGUCAAGUCCGAAUUUCAGAAAAAGGAGUAUUCUGUAAAAGAGAACUCAGACCUUUUUCCGAGACGCCUGUGUCACCGACCGAAAGAGAAAACAUCAUUUAUCGUGUCUUUUUUUUUUCCGCAGUCUGCCCCUGGAAGCAAAACAAACUCAAUACGAUCUGGCUUCGCGUCCAGGCCUGAAUUUAUAUUUUUACAUUUUCAGAUGUUUGAGGAUAUUGCUCCAAACCUGAAUAUCCAAGCGUCUCACAUUACACGGGGCAAGUUUCUCGGCAAAGGAACAUUCGGUUCAGUUUUCCGCGGAGAACUGAGGCAGAUUUCCGGUAAUUCAAUAACUAUCGCCAUGAAGAUGCCGCUGAACAAUGAAGUUGGAGAAGAUGCACUUCCUGAAGACAUUCAAAUGGCUGAAGCAGCAAGAAAGCGGUUAGACGCAAACCCAACUAUGGAGCUUAACGACGCGUAUAGGUGAGUGAAAUCUAAAAGGAGGUUCGUUGCUAGGAAACUGUGAUGCUGCGUGGCUGGGGAGAUAAGGGGGGGUGGGGGGGGGAAAACACAAAGAGUUAAGUUGGUAAAUUUAGUUUGUCCAAACGAGAAUAGGGACCAUAAGAUCCGACGACGGCGACGGCAACGGGAACGCCACAAAAGCAAUAGGUUUUUGUACAUUUCUUUGCCGUCACUGCACGACUACGACGUGAAAAUGCCUAAUUUCCCGAUGUACAGAGGAAGUACACAAGCGACGACGAAAUUUCCUCUCUCUCUCUCUCUCUCUGAACUUGAAUAUGGUUCUUAGGAAUUCAGCUUUAGGAGGGUUCGUCUACAUUUGACAAAGUUAGUGACUUGGAGUAAUCGCUAUGAAGAUUGAAAGAACGCGAAUUCACUUUUUCAGCGACGUUUUGUCCGCCGUCGCCGUCCUCGGAUCUUAAGGUCCCUAAUAAUGGAACGGAGACGGAAUCUUAAGGUGUUGUCUCGGAUAUGUGAAUUUAACUAAACUUAUUUUUAGAGGUUGUAAUCAAACGGAAACCUAUUCCUGUCACAUUUUAAUCGAUUGUUUGAAACCUCAUCAAGUUCGCGCUCCACUGUCUCAAAGCAAACGAUGCAGAAUAUUGUAAAGGCGACUGUUGAAUAGACCAUUUGCAUGAUGGCGUCAUUUUACUACUUUGACCUGGAUCCUUCAGAGUUUUGCUUUCUUGUGCAAAUUAGGGCUUUUGUUAUUUAUACCUCACUGGGGCUACCAACUUUGAAUAUGAAAAGAAAAACGAAAAGAAUUCUGGUCACAGUAGUAACAUGAGGCCAUCGUGCAAAUGGUCUAUUCUCUCUUGACAGCACUGAAUAAAAGUUUGCGGACCUCUCUGGAAACCGAAUUCCAGUUAAUUUCUACAAUCCUUGACAAAACUACUUGCGAACAUUCUCCCCUUAUUUUGCGCGAUCCAACGCAGCAAAACCAUUUCCAAAACAACACACAUGUCCAAACCAACGACUCAGCAGAAAGAAAUCCUCUUCCCCCAGUUCACUGUUGCUUCCUACAAACGCCCAGGGAUCAGACUUUCUUUUGAAGACGCAACAACAUUGCUUCCAGGGGGACGGGGAGAGGGAAGAAUCGGUACAGCUACGGUGAUUAGAAAAAUGCUCUUCAAGUAUGCAAUUUUCUCAACAGUUUUGUCCAAGAUUGUAGCGUUUAUUGGAAAUUCAUAUCAGUCCCAAGGGCUAGACCGGGCGUUUCCCUCUCUUGAUUCUCACAAUAAAGCAAUCCAAAUCCGCAGUUUCGGUCUUUAGAAUUGACUGAUUGUUAAACUUGAUGAUUACUGAUUAAUCAAUAGUUCGACAGAUAGAUUUAUUUAUUUAUUUUGGUUCAUACUGUGUUGACUGACUUAUUGAAGGACUAAGUGAUUUAUUGGUUGAGUGACUGAUUGAUUGAUUGAUUGAUUAAAUGACUGAUUGACUGACUGAUUGAAAGAUUGACUGAUCGAUUAAAUGAUUGAUUAAGUGAAUGGAGAACUGAUUGAUUGAUUGAUGAUUGGUUAAAUGUUUGAUUGAUUGAUUGAAUGAUUGAUUGAAUAACUGAUUGGUGGGUUGAUUGAUUGAUUGAUUGAUUAAUUAUAUUGUAAUUGAUUGAAUGAACGAUUUAAUAAUUCAUCAAUUGACUGAUCGAUUGAUUGACUGAUUAAUUGAUUGAUUGAUUAACCGACUGACUGUGACUGAUUGAUUGAUUGAUUGAUUGACUGUUUGACUGACUGACUGAUUGAUUGAUUGAUUUGUUGAAUGAUCGAUUGACUGAUUGAUUGACCGUAUGAUUUAUAGGACGGUGCGUCAGGAGAUGUCCAUUCUUCUUCCGUUGAGGCAUCAGAACGUCGUGUCGUUGCUAGGUUACUGUCUCAACCCAUUUUGUAUGGUCUUGGAAUUCGCGCCUCAAGGGGCCUUGGAUCAAGUGCUUGCCAAUUAUAAAAGAGCUGGAGUACGUCUAAAUGCUUACGUCAUGCAGAAGUGUAUUGUACAGGUAAUUACUUUUUAUAUUUGAACUUGUGGAGCGUUUGAAACAAGAAUUUGAGUGCUAAGAUUGUUACGUAGUCGGGAUUCUAGAUCUAGUGGACCGCAACCUACAUCCAAAUAUCCAUUUGUCGGCCAGAAGGACUGGAUUUGGGUGCAAGUGCGAAGCCUUUCAGUGAUAAGAAAAUGAUUUUUUUUAUUUUCACGCGAAUAAAACUCAUUUUUAAAUGAAUAUAUGAUCGUGUCAGAGUAAUUGCAAAUUAAGCAACUACAAAUUAACCCGAAAAAAAUUUCGGGACUUAUUUAUUUACUUGUUUGUUACUCACAUAAGUGUACAGAAAACAAACUUAAGCGACAGAAUGGCUAUCAAUGAGAUAAACGAACGAUCAUCGCAGUGGUAAUUGCGAUUUAAGCAAUUGCAAAUUAAACCACUAAAAUAUACACUUUUUUUCUUCUUGCUCCAGUGUGCUUCAGCCUUGAAAUAUUUGCAUCGUCAUCACAUCAUCUACCGUGACCUCAAGUCGGAGAACAUCUUAGUAUGGUCGUUCCCAGCUCCCACCAGCCCAGAUCAGACCAAUCACCAAGUCACCAUUAAGCUCGCAGACUACGGUAUCAGCCGGUCAGCGGCACUAGCUGGAAUGAAGGGUUUGGGAGGGACACCCGGUUUUAUGGCCCCCGAGAUCGAAAAGUAUGUCGGGAAGGAGCUCUACACUGACAAAGUGGACUCGUUCUCGUUUGGGAUGUAUAUCUACGAAUUAGUAACAUUACAUCAGCCUUUUUGUGAUCUCAACCCUGCCCAGGUUAAACAGCUUAUUGUGGAGGGACUCCGGCCACCAUUAACAGCUAAGGUUUGUCAAUGUUUUAUUUUAUAUGAGGUAAGAUGGGCAUGGUGUUUGGGGGGAAAGCACACUAGUUGAUUAAUUAAACAGGAGGGCCUGUUUGUCCCCAAAAUCAACGGUGUUUUUUUAAGUUACUGUUUUUUGCCGUUGUCGUUUCCGUCUACAUCGUCGUUGCUUACGAUCCUAAUAGAAUUUUCAGCGUCUGAAAAAUGAAAUUUAUUUAAUUGUAGGACAAAAAGGCUCCAGUGUUUGCACUGGAUCUAAUGGCGUGGUGCUGGCAACAAGAAGCGGACAAACGACCAUCGUCACAUCACAUCUCACUGUUAGCUUCCACCACUGAAUUUCCUCGCCUCUCUGAUGUCAUUACCUUUGAGAAACAGGUCAGUGCUGGAAUGGCAUUUCUUCUUAAUAUAAGUGGCCAGGCUAUAUAAGACCCAGGCCAAACGUCGAACUUUUCAUGAGACGAACCAAACUCUAUUUUGGGUUGACCUAAAUUAUGAUAAGAACGUCAGACGUCGAACCAAUCAACUGAAUCAGAUCAGUAAUAAAUUUUAUCCUGAACAAGGUUAAAUAUACAUUAACGUACAAGUUUUUAAUUUAUUUAUUUCGUCGCGUGUGAAAAUCUACGUUUGUCCCGGAAACGAUUUUCUAUCCGGCUGAAGCAGACGGAUAGAAUGUGUUGGACGAUCCAAACUCAUUCAGACGAACUUAACUGGGCCAGACGUCGAACUUUUCAGGAAUUUAACUCACUAUGUUUGGUUCGUCUCAUGAAAACUUCGAUGUUUGGCCUAGGCCUAGGGAGACGAAGACGGCGCGAAAUUAAUGUAGGGCUAGCCUGCGAAUACAGCCAAGAGAGACGAUUUGGCGGCUGUAUUUGAAGGCUAAUGUAGGAUGGGUACUUACUGUCUUUGUAGUAAACGCCUCUUGUUUCAUUUUGUGCUUAUCGUAUGAGAAAAAUUUGCAUCGUCAUUCUAAACAAGCCUUACGAUGCACGUGGCAAAUCAUUACCCAUUUUUAUUUCCUUUUAUAAGCCAAUAUUUUUAGGUUCAUGUUUGUCCUAAAAUGGAAUUAGACAACUUAUUUAAUGGCAGAAAAAUGACAUCCGCCCUGAGAACUGCCCCUCUACCCAGUUAUUACUCGAUCUAAAUGUGGGUUGAAUUUGUUUUUGGCUCUACUACGGUUUUUCCUUUUUCCUCUUCUCAAAACCACCACUUACAAAUUCCAAUUCGAUCUGAAACACACGGACACGUUUAAGAACUCCUACAUCCUUCUCGAGAAAACAAAUUCCAAUUACAGUUAUGAUUUCUUGUAAAGAAGGCAACAUGAAUCGAAAGAUGUACAGGGUUUUUACGAUCAUUAGCGCCGAGCACCAUUGCAUUUCGAACAGGCCACUAUUCAUUCCACUUGGGAUUGUUAACCUUUUUCUCCAUCUCGACCUUUAGCUCGGAUUAAACUGCGCCGUCACCGCUGGGUCACGUGUCAGUCAAAGCUACGAAGCGGACAGCAGGGCCCGUGUGGGGUCUGAGGUGUGGCUCUGUCGCAACGAAGUGAGUGCUGGGAUAGGGAAAGGAAAAGUCAGCGUUGUUAGCUACAGCUAUGACCGCUGCUACCACAAAAAGGUUAGUUUUCCUUUGUUGUUGUUGUUAUUGUUGUUUUGAAUUUUUCUGUGGUGAUUUUUUUGUGUUUGUUAAAAGAAAUAAAUGGGACAUUUUGUGGUUACAAUGAAAAUUUUUUUAAUCUAAAGCCUUCACCAUAAACAAAACUAAACCUUUGGUUAAACAGGCUGCGUCACGACUGUCUGAUUCAUUUUAUGCCAAUUACGCGUCUUCAUUCAUGGCACUUGAGAUAUACAGUGAAACCCCGCUUUACGGUGACCUCGUUAUUGCGGCCACUUUUUUUGGCCCGGCAAAACGGCCAUAGGUUUCCUUAUAAAAAACCCUCGCUAAUACGGUCACCCGUUAAUACGGCCAACGGCCACAUUUUAAAAUCCCAAAUAGUAGAAUCUUACAAUUUAAUCCCCGUUUUAAAAUACGGCCACUCGUCAGAAAUUUCGAAAAUUAAAAUGCCUGUGAUAUGUGAAUUUCAUUAACCUGGUAAGAUGAAAAUCGUCACUUACAAUGCAUUUGUGGCGGUCUAGUAGCCAAUUUUUAGAAGUGUUUUAUGUACUGAAGGAAAGUUUUAAGCAGUUUGUACAAUUACGGUACGCAAUAUCUACUUUCCUGUUGUUUAUUAAAGAGAACACAGUUGUCUUGUUUAUUAAAGAGAACGCAGUUGUCCAUGAAGUGUGAAUGCGAUGUAUGGUGUAUAUCAAAAUUGCACUCUGCCCCGAUAAUACGGCCACCCCGUUAAUACGGCCAAAUUUUUUGGACCCAUCAGUGACCGUAUUAACGGGGUUCCACUGUACUUGUGAAUUACAAAAAGGAAGCUUCAUGUCAAACAAACAUGUCUUCCAAGAAUUAUAGAAAACGUUACGACCAACAAAAAUGAACUUUGAAAAACUGUUUGGCUGACGAGUUUGAUUAAUUUAGGUUUCCGGGAAACUGCCCACCUACCUCUCCCCGAACCCAUCAUUUUGCCCAAAGUAAGAAUUAAGUGUUAAUGUUAGCUUAGGGGAGGGGUAGGUGGGCAGUUUCCCAGAAACCUAUAAAUUGAUCCAACGAGUUUUCAAAAAGCGCAAUUGUAAUCCGUUUCAAUCUUCUUCAAGUUUGUCCAUCCGUGUCUACUUUUGCAUCGCUUGUGUUAUUUAUACCUUCUGUUAACGUUUUGAGCAGUUAUUUUUAUGCUCACCUCAGUGAUUUGAUUUCUUAGCAGUUACCACUGUUUGAUUUUUGAUAAAUUUCGUGACACGGCUCUUGUAGGUCCGUCUGAACUGAAGCCAGCCAGCGCCGAUAUCCUUGUUCUUGGCCCCAACUUUGUACCAGGAUUUGAGUAGGCGCCAUGGGUAGUUUGCUAAAAAGGCCAUUGUCCAAGGGUGCUUUCCAUUUGUCAGAACUGACCAGCCAGACCAUUCCCUACGUAAUGAGAGUUUCACUUUUAAUCAAAACUAUCAAGCCAUGCAGAUCAGUCAAAUCCUAAAUAGUAUGCACGAAGGAGAUGGGUUUUCAGCAAAAACCCUUUGGAAAAAACCGAUUUCAGUUGCUAACUGAUUGUUCCGGCAAUGGUCCGGCCGGCCAGUUCUGACAAAUGGAAAGCGCCCGAAGUCCCGGCUGUUGUUUCACACAAUUCGGCGUCCAGGUCGAUCCUUUGAUGCAGACGAUCCGCACGAUUACAAAGAGCAUAUGCUUAUGACUUAAAGAGUUUUACUGCUAACCUGCCUUCUCGUUAAUAUCAUUUGUAUUUACUAUGCAGGAGUUUUUAGUGGGCAAGUCUCAGAUUCGUACGGCUUGCAGCGUCGGGAGCACGGUGUGGCUUGGGACCGAGUCAGGAACACUGCACGUGUUUUGCGCCAUGACGUACAAACAGCUCUGCCAAGGGUCAAUCCGCGCAAACAGGUUUACAUGUUGUUCUUAUUUCUUGCUUGUUUCUGCAGUGUAACAUCAUAGUACAGAGAACUUAUAAAUCAAGUAUGGUUUAGUUUCCCUGACAGAAUUUAUAGCACUACUGCUAGUGGGGACGAGCAAAUAAUUCAAACAACAGAGACCGCGAGCGGUGGUCAGUCUUUCAUCAGAACCAUGCGCGGCGAGCGACAAAGUAAAAUUAUGGAAAUUUAUGGUUCAAAGGGGGAGAUAUUGGGGGAGGGGGGACAGAAAAAGGACAAUUUUCUUCGCUCGUGCUUCCGUCUUCUCUUCGUUGCCGCUCGCCCCUCACGCACGCUCUCCAUAUAUUUUCACUCAAAGGUAAAAUAAGAGACUACUCGCAGUUUACAAACAAAAGGGUUAAGAAUCCCAACUGGCAGGAGGCAAACUAGUUGGCUACUUAGAAGCUUCUGCUUGGCUCCUGGCGUAGUCAAGGAUUUGAACAUGGGACUAACGGCCAGCGGUUAGGAAGGGAACUCGGGGCCUCCGGAUUGUAAGUCAAGCGUUCAAACCACUCGGCCUCGCUGUCCCCUCGUAGACUUUUAAUCAUUAUUUAAACAUUAAUCUGAGUUAAGUAAUGGUCCAGAUAAGAAGGAAAGGACCAAAACGCAGUGAACACGUCGGAAUGCAAAAAGGUGCUAACUUUACUAUUGUCUCUACUAAGGUUCUGAUUGGUUUAAACAUCAAAUUUUACGAAAUCUUCGCAAAGCAGCAUGUACAUCAAUCCUUUUUUUUCUAUCCAACUUCCUUAUAACAAAAUCUCGUCUGAGUCUAAGUAACACAGAAAUCGUAUGUGCGGAUCAUGUAAAAUUGUGAACAUUUCUUGGCCAUUGUUUGCAACUCUUGUGAUUGGUCGAAAUGUUUUAACACAAAAAUACACCCUUUAAAAGUGGAGUUUAAAUACAUUUUCUUUCGUAAACAGCCUUUUUGUAGAUUUAUGCACUCUCUGCGUAAAAAUGAAAACAUUUCUAUGUGAGGAAAGCGUAUUGCGCCACAACAAUAGAAAUUGCUUUCCUUCUUACCUGGAUCAUUACUUAAUAUUCGAAAGAGUUCUCUUUUCAAUUGGAUACAGUCCGUUUAUUCUAGUAGUUACUAGUCUCCCCGUGUAGGCAUUGUUCCCUAUUGUUGAUUGGCAGUCUGAGAAAAAAGAAUGACCUAAAAGAAAAUCAGAAUCUGUUUGAAUCAAUUUUCGUGACAAUUGCGACCUUUUUUAUGGCCCUGCUCUGCAGUGUUUACAAAAUCUGGAAUGAAAUGGAAAACAACUUCCGCUAAUUUCUUGCCCCGUCUUUUUGCCAACCAGGUAUAUAAUGAACAUGAUUCAUGUUCCGCGAGCGAACUGGGUUCUUGUUGCGUUAGGCGAUGGUUCUGUGCUGGCUUAUAACGACAACAUUUCAAAUCAUUAUCAUUACUCCGACGCGGCUGUUGAAACCCCGGUACAUGAGCUCCUCCCUAACCGGGUCUACCGUGGCAACGGAAACCGUAUACACUCCAUGGCUGCUUUACUGCAGAAGAAACCCCUGAGAAACCAAGCUCCGGCGCCAUCGGAAAUGGGGGAUUCAUCCGAGGACUCCGAUGACCGGAACAGCCCUUGCGAUGAAUAUGUGUGUGAGGUAUGGUGUGGACAAGAGAAAGGAAAGAUCUUGAUUCUUGAUGGGGAGGGACUUCAAAAGAUUUGUACCAAAUCUGCAGAAGAUAGCGAGCCAGCUGACUCCGCGCCGCAAAGAGAACAUAGUGUGUCACAUCUAGAGACUUGCAAGGUUACUGGGGCGUCCGUCGUCGGGGAAAAUGAUUCGGUGAAAAGGUCCGUGUGGGUUGCUUUAUACCCCGGGACUCGCGUGUUCCGGUGGGAUGCUCUGGAGAAAAAGAUUGUGCGCAGUGUUGAUUGCUCGCAGUGUCGACCAAAGUUUGAAGGUAAGCGUGUUAAAAAUCCCAUUUACAGAAAGCAGUUCUGUUAUUACGAGUUUGCCAUUGUCGUUGAAACUGUUGGCUCAUCUUGAUCGCGUGGCUGUAAACGAGAUUCUUAUUCUCUUGUUGUAACCCGCUUGACUGGUACAAGAGGAACCGGGUCUCUCUUUCGGGACAAGACUUUUCUUCUUUUCUCCUCAAGUUUCUUUACAACUGUUCACGCUUAGUUUGCUUGUCGUUGCGUUACUCUCUCACGCUCUUAGUCUAAGUAAGAACUCUUGUAGCUAUGUACAAGGUUGCGUAGAUGUUUGCGCACUUUCCCACAUGUAAGCACGUGGGAUUCUAAAAGACACUAGUUAGAUUAAUUAAGCACCGCGCUAACGGCAAACGCCGGACGUCACCUAGUCGUUUAUCGUUUGCCGUCCCGUCCGCUAUGUUUUUUUGUUUAAGCUUUCCGUCGACACGGUAGAACUGGAAACUAGUCCAAAAUUGUCUGAAAUAUUUGAAAAUUAAAUAGGUAUUAAAUACUGAAAUGUUUCCAUACGUAUUUCUUAAUUUUUCUUUUAAACUAUGGGAAACACGUAUAAUACACAGCAGGUGUUCUCGCUCCCCAUUCACCGUGACUGGACAAAGUAUAUAGAGAAGUUAUCAUCUUUUUUCGCUCGAAUUUAAUACACUUUUAGCAUUACAAACAGUACGUUUAAAAGAAGAAUGAUAAACGAAGCGUAGCUAUAAAAACAAGCGAUCAAAAUGAAGAAAUAGUCGGUACAAAUGGGCUUCAAAUACUCAGAGAGGAAACGGGAAAAAUGUCCUCCUCGCGUCCAAGCGGCGGCGACCAUUUCCCUGUCGUAAACGGUCUGUGCCAUUUUUAACGGUCGAUGCCACCAUUGGUGACCAAGCCUUUAGUCGUUAUAGAUGUAAUAUAUUCCCUGGAUUAAGUUACAAUAAGGAAAGUGAUACGUUUUUAAAUAGUCUUAAAAAGAACGAUGCUGAAGCCCAAGUUACAUUUACAUCAAAAGUUAUGGAAACGGCUCGGGUCACCUGUUAUUAAUAUAUCAGUUAAGAAAUAUAGUUUGCUAGUUUAUUUAUUCAAGUUGUUCGGAGUUUUGGCGGGUCAGUGUGAUAGUGUAGUGGUAAGAGGGAGAGAUAAGGAAAUAAAAGUUCCGGGUUCGAGGUCCGAAUUCGACCCUGGGUUGCUAUUUUCUUUCUUAUUAACAGAAGCACUCUCAAUAACAGGCCAAAACUUUUCUUAGUGUCUUAAAAACGGCUGUGACCGUUUGCGAAAGGGAAAAGAACAACGGCGGCUGGCAAAGGGCAAACGCGGGAAAAGUCAGUUCACGUGACCCUCUCUGCUGUUCGCAGGGAAAAAAGACGGAAUAAACUGACUGAAGCCAACGAGGCUGCUUACAAAUACAGUGGAACCCCUCCUUUGGGACACCUUUAUUGAAGGGACACCUCUAUUCAGGGGAAAGGGACACUUUUUCUUGGUCCCGAAACCCUGGUUUAACCUCCAUUCAGGGGACACCUCACCACUCGAAAAAGUGACUGUCCACAAAAAUCGUUGAUAAGUUUCUGUGUUCGCUGGUCACAAUGGCGACAGCUUUCAUUCACUAUCUCGCUUAAAAUCGGUGCACUGCACUUUGGGGAAUUCAACACACAACAUCGCGGCGAUAAGUUAAUCAUAAAUUUUUUAUACAUUAUCAAGCUUCUUGAAAUAAUGACUGACAGAUUUCGAGGCAGAGUAAGAGAAACAUAUUUUAUUUGUUGGUUAAUUAUUAACAAACCCCAGCCCAACCUCCAUUCAGGGACACGACACUUUUAUUCAGGGACGCUUAUCCUGGUCCCGAGGGUGUCCCCUGAAUAGAUGUUCCACGCUAUUAUCAAGACCCUAUCACCUUGAAAAACAGGAAAGACGAGUCUGGAAAGGUAAACUUGGCAAGCUCAGCACCUGUGUUUACCAAAUUCAUACGUUCAACCCUCUGCGUUCAACCGAUGUGCUAAAUUGACAAACCAAACCAUUUGCGAUUUUUAAAACUAUAUGAUAAUUAGCUCCAUACACUCUUUUGUUUUUCAAGGACCAAAAACCAAAGUUCCCGUGAGGAGAGCCGCUGACCAGAAUCCCCUGAGCGGUGAGUACAUCACUAGAACACUGAAGAAGUAUAAUGAUAAGUCAAGUGUUUAAACCUUGCUUAUUAAUUGACCGGCUCAGCUGUUAUCUAAGGCGAGCCCCAAAAAUUCCAUGCUGAUGACGUGUCCUGUGGAGGGUUUCUGAUUGGUUGAAGCACAUUUCCCACGCAGCACGUGGCCUAUUAACAGUCCCACAAGUCUUUGCGAACGUUAACUCGGCCCAGUUUUCUCGUUUCUAUAUUAGCGAAUUACUCCAACCUCGUCCCAAAGGUCUUCCCGCUUUCCAAUACUGAGGCGGCAGGAGAGAGUCUUCUCUCUUGUCGCCGCCUUUUGCGAAGCGAGAAGACCCUGGGGACGAGGUUGGAAUUACUCUUGUAGUGAUAGGGAAAAUAUUUAGAAAAAAAAUGUUACUCUCUCUUACAGCUUCCCGCUCUCAAGUGACUUCCCUUCUUGCUGUGGAUAAAGAACUGUACAUUGGUACAAGCUGGGGCUGUAUUCUGGUCUGCAAUAAUCUCUCGCUUAUGGUUUACACAGUUAUCCGUUGUCAUGAAGAAACUGUUAAACACCUCCUUCCCUUGGUAACCACGCCUGCUGCAAAGUCAUUGGUGUUAAGUUGCGGGCGAGGUUACCGUAGUCUUGGCUCCAGUCUCUACGGCCACACAUCGUAUCCGAGCCGGCGAAGUGGAAAGACCACUUUGAAAAGUGAAUCAGCUAUUUUAGUUUGGCUUGCUGACAGUUGGGAAAGUUGAUGAUGGAGGAAUGUUCAUAGGUUUGAAAAUAUUCCUAGAUCAUAUCAGAGUAUUAUCCAAUUACAAGGGUAUUUUUAAAAAUCCAAAACUUGGACGAUUAAGCAUAGUAUCAUGCGUCAUUUGCAAUAGUCUUGUGCGCUGCUGUUCCUUGUGUCGUCACGCAACGCUUCUUAAGGUGACAUGCGUAGCGUGACGUCCCAAGCUACAUAGGAGACUGUUUUGCAUUUGUUGUAAUGCGCUUGUCAAUAAAUUUCUUUUAAGCAGUUAGAGCACAUAAGCGGUUAUUUCGGGAUUCUAUUAAAUCCUUUGAGCACAAAGCCUACGAGAGGUCCCAAGUAAAACUACAGCGAUUCUCGUUGGAAAACGAGAAUUUACCCUCAAAGGAGGCCAAUCUGGGCGGACUGGGAGUGACUCAAGCUUUAUUUCAACGAGUCCCAAAAGAUACCAUUCUAAAGCAGGCAUCGAAAUAAGCGCCUUAGUAAGUAGUACUAGGGGUCACUUCCGCCAGUAACCAAUCAACGAUCCGUAUUGUUGUCACUUGACAGAAAUUGACCAAUCAGCGUUCGAAUUGAAUAUUUAUUCCGAUAAAGAAGUUGUUAUUGAAUUCUAUUUUCCUUUUUCCCUCUGCUUUCUUUCUUCCUUCCUUCCUUCACAUAUGCGUCCCCCUGGGGGCUCACUAAUAGGGAACUUUAACAACAACAAUAUGGCGACAGCAACGAGAGCGAGAACAGCAAAAAAGCACUAAGUUUAGGCUACGUUCACCCUGCACCGGACGAAAAUUUAGACGCCUGGUCGUUUAACCUGGCUCGUUAAUUCCGUGUGAACAGAGCGAGAAGUGUCCGCUCAUAUUUAUCAAUCUUUCGAAAAUUCGUCCAGUGUUGUAUGGACGUAGCGUAUAUUAGCAAAACAACAACUCUGCUUGCUUUUUUAUCUUUCUUUGCCGUAGUUGCACGACCACAAUGUGAAACUUCCUAAUUUUAUGUUUUAUGAAAGACAUGAGCCGGAGACAACGAUUUAAUUUUUGUUUUUUGUGAACUUAGUCUUUUAGAAUUCAACUCCUGAAAAAUUGGCCAAAUUGAACGAGAUGGUAAAAGAGCGAAGAAGUUUGAAGCAGCCCGCAUUCACUUUUUGAUUGACGUUUUUACUGCCGUCGCCGUCUUAGAUGCUAAAGCUCCCUAUUAACAUAAUGCGACGGGAAACGUCUAAAAAAUAAUAAUUCAUAAUUAAGCCUAGUUCAAUUAACAACACAACGCCAUAAAACCACCAUUUUACCCGUUUACCUCACAGGUAGCCCCGUAAAAACCAAAGACAGUUAAUUUGUUAGUGGUUUUUCCCUUUUCAUUGGCCUGUAUACCGUAAAUGACUUAAUAUACGCCCACCUCCAAGUAAAUGCCUCUUAUGUAAUAAACGCCCCCUCUACGCUGUUAAAAUGUAUUAGGCGCCGCUCUUUAAUAAACGCCCACUGUCUAAUAGACGCCCCCGUGAGAAUUACAGUGAAAACCCACGAGUAAGAACCUACAUUUUCCAGGGUUAGCCUAAACAGGUUCUUACCUGAAUGGUGGUUAACAUAAAUUUAGGCUAUCUAGGUUCUUAAUAGGUUCUUUAUUUCUUGCAAAAAAUCAUGUCGUUGCUAAAAAGACUUUAGUGAUCAGCGCCCUUAAAUUUGCAUUCCUAAUGAUUGCUUAUAUUUUAAUAUGACCAUAAUAGAGAUCUAUUCUCACAUGAAUUUUAAUUUCUUGAGUCAAAACAACUUUAUAUACAUGAUUGUGCUGUAAAACACAAUAUUAUAAACAUUCUCUCAAUGACCUCAAUCAAACAACAUUUAUAUAAGGACCUUUCUCCAAAUUUUAGGCUAAAGUGAUUCUUUUAUAGAGGGGGUCUAAAUUGCAAAGUUUAGCCUAACAGGUUCUUAAAUCUUAGGUUCUUACUCAUGGGUUUUCACUGUACUCCAUAAGAUACGGAAUUAGCAAAAAAGGUGGCAACACAAUAACAAUGAGCGAGGGUUCUGACAUCGAUGUGGGGAUUUGAAACAGCGAUUUGGAUCUCUAGACGGCCUAGACUUAUCAAUUAAGGGAGUGGAUAUUCUACUGCUUUUAAACUCUCUUGAUAUUUUUGUUAAAGUUGUGAGAAUAAACGCCACUCUCCAUCUUUCAAACGCCUCCUAUCUAUUAAGCGCCUCCAUUUUAGACUUCUAGCAUUAAAUAGACGCCCGGGCGUUUAAUAGGUCAUUUACGGUAUGCGUAUAAGUUAAAUUUAUUUGGAAGGAAAUUAAAAUUGUAUGGUGAAGUGUAAUUUGCCCGUGGGACUCCAACACAUACAGAAAGCAGUAAGGAGUACUGUAUUCACUCAAGUAAGCGCCGCUUGCGAUGGAGAACCUCACCAUCCCAGCAACAAAGCAGCGCAUAAUGAUUCCUGGUAUCGCUGAUUAGAAUGGGAAAACACCUUCGUUACUGGUCGUUUUAGAACAAAAAUUAAAAGAAGGCAUAGCUCCGUGUUAUUUGCGAAUGAGGGGAUCUAUCUUAGCACCGCGGCGCCCUUUCAAGUGAAUACGAUAGUUCCUUUUCAUGGCUGUUGCGUUGGUUGAAUUAAAUAACUAAAAUGGAGUCAGCAAGCGUGGGCUUUAUGGAAAGCCGUAGUACUUGUUACGCUAUAUUAAGUAGGAAUUGCGCCUUGCUACGCCAUAUUAAGCACGAAGAUUAUUCGUGCUAUAUUAAGCACAAAUUGCGCCUAGACGGCAGUGGAGCGCAUUGGCCACCGCGGCGUGUAAUGGCUUCUGGGCUUUUCCUAAGUGGUAUCAUAUUUUAGUUCAAUUCAACGCUAAUCCUUUGCUCUCACGUUUUACUGACAGUAUUAUUCGAUAAAUGUGAGAACUGAGGGAAAUUUAAAAGGAAUUUAUUUUUAAAACUAUUAGAUUAUCACAUUGUUACUAAACGGUGUUGUUUCGUUUUGAAAUAAUUUAUAUAUUUUUACUGUUAUUCAGUUAAUCACGUGAAAGAUAAUAUGAUUAUAGGAACGAUAUGAAAUAUAAAGGAAAAUUAUGUUUGAGUUCGUACGUGUCUUUAUAUAGCUUAACACCAUAAGAACGUUUU